UGUUGUGGUACUGCUCGAAACGCUGAUAAAACGGCAGGACUACAACUAUCGAACACCCUCAUGCCGGUCUCUACGACCCACGCUGGCCACCAGAAAAGAGAAGCGCACAGAAGAGCUUCGGGAGAAACGUCGAUAGUAGAGGAUUCCGAGAACAUGCUCGUCCUCCGGCGUUCUCCAAGGGACAUAAGCGAUGCGAGUCCCUUCGCUGCUCCAACUCGAAAGGACGAAGAAUCUAUAAAACUCGAAAAGGGAAAGCUACACUUAAGAACUUCUACUUCCGGAAAGAUGAAUCUUGAUCCACAUCCUUUUGAGGAACCAAGAAGAAGUGCCAUCUCUUUUUAGAAGUAUAAACUUGUUGUAAGAGACAAAUACGAAAGAUGAUUCUUGUCGUCCUUAUCUAGAAAGAUGGAUCGGGUCCACCUCCAGCAACGUCUAAGACGUACACUUUUCGGCGACAAAGACUUCUGUCAGCGGUUUGUGCAAGCGGUAGCGGGUGUGGCAGAAACGAGCAGGGCAUCAGAUCGCGACUUCACCAAGUGCGUUCUCGUUCGCUCACAAAUCUUAUGGCCUUAGAGGAAAGUGAAGAAUCAGAGCAGAACUAAGCAAGGUCACUAGACAGUGGCAUUCCUAUGCGGAGUCUGUUGUAAUAGUUUGCAGAAGGGCGAACGAUGUAGAACAAGAAUAUUUGAUAGAGAUAGGAAUAAUAUCUUAGGUUGAAAAAGUUGAUGUCUGAAUCAAUGAAGAUCACAACAUUGACAUUCCAUAGUUCCUCACUCUUCAUACCAGGAGGAACGUGAAGUAGCACAAGAGGAUGGACAAUUCGGACCCACCUGGGCAUGGCCUCUGGGCAAGUUGAACAUUGAUCUUUCCGGGGUCGAGUUUGUAUUGGACUUCUGCAAUAUUGUUGCUGCCGCUCAGUCACCUUUUACCCAAGAACAUUAUGUGCAGAGGAGUUUUUUUUAAUUUUUCCGCAUUAGUAGACUGCCC